CACACGACUUGAUUGUUAAAACCCCCAUCAGUUUAUUCCAACGAUGGCGAAUCGAAUCUCCGGUGCUUCCAAAGAAGUAUCCGCUGCCAUUCCCGACAUGUCGUCAUCGGAUGCAAUCGUAAAUGAAGAAGAAGAAGAAGAAGAAGUUGUUGCGCCUUCGUCCGAGAGGAAACCGUCAUGGCAAAAGCUCCGACGAUACGACUCGUUGGAUUUAGAGUCACGUAAACUCCAUGGUCAUGAUGAUGAAGAUGAUCACGCGUAUGCCAAGGAGAGGAAUUGGAAUGUAAUCUUACACCUAGCAUUCCAAAGCAUCGGCAUAGUUUACGGUGACAUUGGAACGUCGCCGUUGUACGUGUUCUCGAGCACAUUUCCAGAUGGAAUAAAGCACGACGACGACAUUUUAGGGGCGUUGUCGUUGAUCAUCUACACCUUAACUUUGAUUCCUGUAAUUAAAUACGUGUUCAUCGUUCUUAACGCAAAUGACAACGGAGAAGGGGGAACGUUCGCAUUGUACUCUUUAAUAUGUCGAUAUGCGAAAGUGGGGUUGAUUCCAAAUGCGGAGAUUGAGGAUCGAGAAGUGUCGAAUUACCAAUUGAGUUUACCGAACGAAAGAGAGAAGAGGGCUUCAACGAUUCAGUCGAAGUUGGAGAAAAGCCAUUUUGCAAAGGUGUUUCUUCUAUUUGCAACUAUGCUUGGUACCUCCAUGGUUAUUGGUGAUGGUGUUCUCACUCCUUGUAUCUCAGUGUUAUCUGCUGUGGGAGGGAUCAAGGAGGCUACCCCUGCAAUAACAGAAGGUAGGAUUGUUUGGGCAUCAGUAGGCAUAUUGGUGUGCCUAUUCAUGUUUCAAAGAUUUGGAACAGAUAAAGUUGGUUACACUUUUGCUCCAAUUAUCCUCAUUUGGUUUGUUUUCAAUGCUGCAAUUGGUGUUUACAACUUCAUAAAAUAUGACCCAACUGUCCUUAAGGCCUUAAAUCCAAACUACAUUUUUCAAUAUUUCCAAAGGAACAAAAUGGAUGCUUGGAUUUCUCUUGGUGGCGUUGUUCUAUCCAUUACAGGGACCGAAGCCUUGUUCGCCGACGUUGGCCAUUUCAGUGUCCGAUCAAUCCAGCUAAGCAUGUCAGUAGUGACCUAUCCAGCUCUAAUUUGUACUUAUGUAGGCCAAGCCUCAUUUCUUCGCAAGCAUGAUGAUCUAGUUUCAGACACAUUUUACAAGUCAAUUCCAGGAAGGUUUUAUUGGCCAAUGUUUGUGGUAGCAGUAUUAGCAUCAAUCAUAGCAAGCCAAGCAAUGAUCUCAGGAACUUUCUCAAUAAUUCAACAGUCACUUUCACUUGGAUGCUUUCCAAGAGUUAAAGUGGUUCAUACAUCAGCUAAGUAUGAAGGACAAGUUUAUGUUCCUGAGAUAAACUACCUUCUAAUGUUGGCUUGUAUUGGUGUUACUUUGGGGUUCAAGAACACUACAAAGAUUGGGAAUGCAUAUGGAAUAGCAGUGGUUUUUGUUAUGACACUCACAUCCUCCUUCCUAGUACUCAUUAUGGUAAUGAUAUGGAAAACUCACAUCCUUUUCGUAAUCACUUACAUUCUCAUCGUUGGUAGUGUGGAAUUAGUGUAUUUGAGUUCAGUCCUUUACAAGUUUGACCAAGGAGGCUAUCUCCCUCUUGCUUUUGCUGCUGCUAUGAUGACAAUCAUGUAUGUUUGGAAUAGUGUGUUUAGAAAGAAGUAUUUUUAUGAGCUCGAUAACAAAAUCUCUCCACAAAAGCUCAAUGAGAUAGUCAAUACCACCAACAUUACAAGAAUUCCUGGCAUUGCAUUCUUUUACACUGAGCUCGUUCAAGGCAUCCCUCCCAUCUUCAAGCAUUAUGUCGACCACAUUCCCGCAUUGCACUCUGUGCUCGUCUUUGUCACUAUUAAAUCGCUUCCUGUGAGCAAGGUGCCGGCUAAUGAACGUUUCCUCUUUCGACAAGUAGAGGCGAAGGAGAUUGAAGUGUUUCGUUGUGUUGUUCGAUAUGGGUACACAGAUGUGCGGACUGAGCAAGAAUCGUUUGAGAAGAUAUUACUGGAAAGAUUGGAAGAGUUCCAGAGAGAGCAACGUACAUCGAUUAAUAACGAAAAUGGAGUGGAUGGAAGAGUUGAAAAGGAGGAUGAGGAUGAGAAAGGAUUUGGAAGAACUGGAGAAGCAUGGAAGGAUGGAGUUGUUCAUUUGGUUGGGGAAAGUGAAGUGGUUGCUAAAAAGGGGGCAAGCCUUAGAAAGAGGAUAAUGAUAAACUAUGCAUAUAGUUUCUUGAAGAGGAAUUUGAGGCAAACUGAUCAAGUCUUUGAUAUUCCUCGCAAGCAUAUGCUCAAAGUAGGAAUGACUUGUGAACUUUAGCAUUUAGUCACUUCAGUUUUUUUUGUCUUUUCGAUGUCAAAAUUUGUAUUAUUUUUCUACUUUCCUUGAGCCAAAUGUUGCUUUUAUGAUUUGUAAACAUAGUUGUACCACAAUAGUAUUGAUUUUUCUUUUACAUUUGUUCUAAAAAGAAUCCCAUAAUACUUGUUGAAAGUAAUCCGACGCAAUUUGGUUAA